CCGUAACUCAAGAUUCUUCUUCGUAUUUUUAUAAAUUUGGAUCCAGUUUUGGAAAGAUCUUGGCAUUGGAUUCGUUGUCUAUCGAAGAUAAUCCAUUAAUGUUUUCUAUUGUCCAUCUACAGACAGUACUUGCUAUAGCUAAAAAAUUGCUUACAAAAGAAUUCCUUCAUUUUGUUGAUGAUCAAGCAGGAGAAGUUUAUAUGUGAAACACUCAACUUAGUUAUUGUUACAUUGCUUAGAGAACUUCUUCAAAGACAAAAAGAUUUGCCACCACCUUUUAUGAGAGAUGUUCAGGAAUUUGUUAAAGGUCUUUUCUUAUCGGGACAAACAGAACUGCAAACAAAACAUCACGAUGCUAGCGAGAGAGAAGAUAGAGAAUCUAAUUUCGCUACUGUUAAUAAAUUUAAAGUAAAUGUACAAACUAACGCUGCUUGCGUUGAUCUUUUAGUUUGGGCGGUGUCAGACGAAAUGGGAACUGAUAAUUUAUGUUGUCGAUUAACUGAAAAAAUUAAUUCUUCUCACGCAUAUAAAUUAGCAUUGGCUCAUAUGCCUCUCUUAAUAGUUUGCUUAGAAGGAUUAGGGAGAUUAGCUGAAAAAUUUCCAAGUCUUUCAAGUUACAGCAUAACGGCAUUGAGGGAUUUUCUUUUAAAUCCUUCUCCAAUUUUAUUAAAGUUACACAAACAACCAUCUGAUCAUUCUGGGCGCAGUGGUGCUUUGAGUAUUAUGGUCACAGAAAACUCAAAUUUUUCUCUCAGUCCUGGAACAGUAUCGAGUUCAUUAACUGCAUUUGAAUCUCUGAGAGAUACCGCAAUAGAAAAUUUAUGCAGGGCAUUGAAAGCUGGUUUAAAGACCGACUCUCAUUGCGUUCAGGCAUUUUUAGCAUCUGUAUCAAAUCGUUUAUAUCAGGCAGAAAAAAGUGAUAUGGAAUCAACACUUGUAACAACCAAUACAAUUGUUGCAUUGGGACAUGUUGCAGUUUCUUUAAAAGACACACCCAGGACAAUGGAAUUUAUUCUUCAAGUGUUUCAGCAACGUUUUUGCCAUCCUCCCUCUACUUUUGAUUCUCUUAUUGUUGAUCAGUUAGGCUGUAUGAUUAUUGCAAAGGGUGAUUCUCACGUUUAUGAAGAAGUGAUGAAGAUGUUUACUAUGAUAACUGUUGAAUCAAGUUCUGCUUAUAAUGUUGGAAGUGUAGAUGAUAGGAAACAAGGAUACAGACAUGUUUCUCUUGCUGUGAUUAAUGCAUUGGCCAACGUAGCAGCUAAUUUAGAGGGAGAAGCUGAACAACAGGAACUAUUAGUCAGACUUUUGGAAUUAUUUGUACAAUUAGGAUUGGAAGGAAAACGAGCAAGUGAAAGAGUUCCUGCAGCAUUUAAAGCAUCCAGUAGUGCUGGAAACCUUGGGGUUUUAAUUCCAGUAAUUGCUGUUUUAAUCAGAAGACUUCCUCCAAUCACUAAUCCCAAGCCAAGAUUAUUAAAAUUGUUUCGGGAUUUUUGGUUGUAUUGCGUCGUUAUGGGAUUCACAACUGGAUCUGGUCUAUGGCCUCAGGAAUGGUACGAAGGAGUUAAAGAAAUAGCAUCGAAAUCUCCUCUCCUUGUAUCAAAAGAGCAUUUGAGGUCAGAACUACAAUAUAAUUCUGCAAUAAGGAAUGAAACAGUUUCAGUUAGUGAAAUACAAGAAUUAAGAAAUCAAAUAUUAAAUUCUUUGGAUCAUCCUCAAGAGGUUACUCCAUUGAUAAAUAAACUUAAUUUUGCCCAGUGUACUUAUCUUUUAUCUGUGUUUCGGUUGGAAAUUAUGAGAGUACAAAAUGUACAUGGUCAGACUCCAUUCCACUGUAUGCUUCAGUAUUUGGAAGAUCCGUCCAUUCAGAAAGAUAAAGCUGGAAUGUGGCAGUGCAUUAUUUCUGUUGCCGAUAAAGUAUUUUUAACUUAUUUAGAUGUCAUGACAAUGAAGCAACGUAAUAGAGAAAGAGAUGAAGAAUUAGAACAACAUGCUACUUUUUUGUUGAUAAAAUUCAAUCAUCCACAAAAACAAAUCAGACGUGUUGCUGAUAAAUAUUUAGCAGGACUCGUUGACAGAUUUCCUCAUUUAUUAUGGAGUGGAACUGUAUUAUGGACAAUGCUUAAUGUUUUACAAGUUUUAUCACAAUCAUUACAUUUGGAUCCGAAUGAAGAAUAUCCAGAAUUAACCAUUCCAAAUACUUCGUAUACUUUAAUACUUACAGAUACAAUGGAAGCGAGGGAACAUAUUGUGAAAGACUUUGCCGACAGAUGUCGAGGCAUCGUUCAAGAAGCUUUGAAAUGGGCACCGAACGUUACUCGAUCUCAUUUAAAGGAAUAUUUAGCAAAUGAACAACAUGCAACAGACGGAUUACGACAACAUAGUGGGUUAGCUUUGGCGGUCGAGACAAUUUUACAAUUUGCCGGAUUUAAUCAUCUUUCAUCUCCUUUACCCGUUUCUACUCUCGACAAAUGGCCCGGUUGUGUAAAAAAUAAUUGUUCAGAAUUUAUAGCAGCAAUGGGAUUACGUUGUAAAUAUUCUGGAGAGGUUUCUGGACUUCUGGCAAAAUCUGAAGAAUCUGGUCUAUCAAAUAAAGAUGUAGCCAAAAAGUUGUUAAAUGAAUUGAAAGAAAGUUGGAAAAUGACAGAUCCAGGAAUUCAUAAAGAAUGUAUAUUUAGAGUUUGCGCACUUUUAAUUGCAACAAAAGGAGUAGAUCGUUCGUUAUUACAUGCUUUAUGCUGGUCUCCAAUAGAAAUGUUCUCUGAAGAAGGAAUGAGAAACACGGUUGCAUGCUGGCAGUGGUUAUUGGCUGCUAGAUCAGAUCUUGAAUUGCAAUUUCUGCAAGAAAUGUCUGCAGCUUGGUAUAUGACAAUUGAUAAACAAAUGGGUUUAUUUAGUGAAGAUCCAGAAUUAAAAGACCCUUGUGCUGUAUCUGGUUCUUAUUCACCUUCUAAUCCUCCUUUCAUAGCAUCUCAUGCAAUUUGGGUUAAGUUUUUAGCAGAAAGAAUAGAAAUAGCAAAGUACUAUAGCUUAGAUCAAGUGGAGAUAUUUGCAAACAUGCUUCAUCGUUCCUUAUCCGUUAGUGUUGGAAAAGCUAGUUGUAAUCAUCGACACAUUAUUUCUAUGGGGACUAGAUUCAGAUUACUAACCUGUGGACUUUCACUGUUACAAGGAGAUAUUUUGCCACGUUCAAUUGCUAAAAGUGUUUUGAGAGAACGAAUUUAUUCUGCAGCACUCGACUAUUUUUGUGGGCCAGUCAUGUGUCCGUUACAGAAAGGAGCCGAAUUGCGUGAAGAUAUACUUACAUUAAUAAAGUUUUGGCACUGUCUUUUUACAGAUAAAAAGUAUCUUAAAGCUAAUCUUUUAGCCGCAGAUUUAUGGGAGAGUAAUACACACAAUGUGAUUACACUGAACAUGAAUUCAGAAUUACGUGGAAGCUCGGAUCUUUCUCAAGCUCGUACGACUCCCUCCGGAUGGAUCAAUACAGUACCCCUUAGCAGUAAUCUAUCCACAAUCUCUAGACGCUCGUCAGGUGGUCGAGGUUCUGGAAGAAGAGAUAACAACACAGAAUUUUUUGUUAAAGAUUAUGUUAAGAAACGCAAUUUGAUCUUAGGAUUGCUAGCUGUCGAAAUUGAGUUUUUGAUUACUUGGUAUAAUCCUAUUGGACUGACGGAGCUGCAUGUACCCGAAGAAGAUGUUAUUGCAUCAUGGAGAAGUCAGCCAACAACGGAUCGUGUCUCAAGAGAAAUAGCUCGUUUGGCUUGGGAUAUAUCUCCAACCUUGGCUAUCUAUUUACCUCGAAGAUACAACAAUAGUGAAGCAUUGAAGUUGGAAAUCACCAGACUAGUCCGAUUGAAUCCAGGAGCAGUAUCACAUCUUCCAGAAGCUUUGCAAUAUUUAACAUUACCUGAUAGUGUUGUAAACGAUUCCUCCGAGUUGACUCAUAUGUUAAUUUGGUCAAGGAUAUCUCCAGUUCAAGCUUUGGCAUUUUUCUCUCGUCAGUAUCCACCUCAUCCUAUCACUGCACAGUAUGCAGUUAGAGUUUUGGCGUCUUAUUCUCCAGACAUUAUUCUGUUCCUUAUACCACAACUUGUUCAAGCUGUGAGAUAUGACACAAUGGGUUAUGUAACUGAAUUUAUUAAAACUGCAACCAGUAAAUCUCAAUUAUUAGCACAUCAACUCAUUUGGAAUAUGAAAACUAACAUGUAUCUUGACGAAGACGGACAUCAGCAAGAUCAUGAUCUUUAUGAUCCACUUGAUCAUAUCAUGAAUACUAUCAUUGGAUCUUUAUCAGGACCAGCUAAACAAUUCUAUGAAAGAGAAUUUGACUUUUUCACUAAAAUUACAGCUGUUUCGGGUCAGAUCAGACCUUUCCCUAAAGGACCGGAACGAAAAAAAGCUUGCCUCGACUGUUUGAGUAAAAUUAAAGUCCAACCAGGUUGUUAUUUACCUUCAAAUCCUGAAGCUCUUGUGAUAGAUAUCGAUUACACAUCUGGCAUUCCUCUGCAGAGUGCUGCCAAGGCACCUUUCUUAGCGAAAUUUAAAGUUAGACAUUGCGGAAUACAAGAAUUAGAAAAUCAAGUACUUGCCGCAGUACAGACAGGAAAGCCAAAGAUUUCGGAUUCAAUAGGGAUGGAGUAUGAGCAAGCAGCGAUUUUUAAAGUCGGAGACGAUGUGAGACAGGAUAUGCUUGCUUUACAAGUAAUAGCAUUGUUUCAAAAUAUAUUUAAACAAGUUGGACUGGAUUUAUUUUUGUUUCCGUAUAGAGUUGUUGCCACUGCACCUGGUUGUGGAGUUAUUGAAUGCGUACCAAAUGCGAAAUCAAGAGACCAGUUGGGUCGUCAGACCGAUAUUGGAAUGUAUGAAUACUUUAUUACCAAGUACGGAGAUGAAACAACUAAGAAAUUCCAGAUUGCAAGAAGAAAUUUUAUUAAAAGUAUGGCUGCGUACAGCGUGAUAGGGUUUCUUCUACAAAUAAAGGACAGACACAACGGAAAUAUUAUGCUCGAUACAGAUGGUCACAUUAUUCAUAUAGAUUUUGGCUUCAUGUUUGAGAGUUCACCUGGCGGCAACCUAGGAUUCGAACCAGAUAUCAAACUGACUGAUGAAAUGGUGAUGAUCAUGGGAGGAAAGAUGGAUGCUCCACCAUUCCGAUGGUUUAAAGAACUCUGCGUCCAAGCAUAUUUAGCUGUAAGGCCACACAGAGAAACUAUAAUAUCUUUGGUUACUCUCAUGCUGGAUACCGGUUUACCAUGUUUUAGAGGCCAGACUAUUAAGUUGUUACGAACACGAAUGGCUCCGAAUGCCACCGAGAAGGAAGCCGCAGCAUAUAUGAUCAAAAUAAUCCACGAUUCCACUCUUAACUUCCGUACACGUACUUACGACAUGAUUCAGUAUUAUCAAAACCAAAUUCCAUACUAAACAAAACACAACUGUAGACAAUUUUUGCAAGAUUAUAUAUAUAUGUGAAUAAUUGUAAUUUAUUAACUGAUAUACAUAAAAUAUAUAUACAUAUUUAAAGUUUAUGUACAAAUGAAGAAAAUAUAUAU